UUCAGUUCAUAAUAUUCUACAUGGUAUCAGAGCCUCUUUUCUGGGAAGUCACGUAAAACCCUAGGGGUCUCCGUUUUUUAUCGUCGUCGUCACCGUACCAGUCCCAUCGCCAGCCGGUUGUUCGUCGUCGCCGGCCUCGUGUGUCGCCAGGGAACAUCGUCGGUCCAGCAGGUCCUCCCUCCAUCGUCAGUUCUUCGUCUUCAUCGCGUAUCAUCAUGUCAGCCGACGGGAACUCAAACCCUAAGAAGACAAGAUUGAUUCACGAUCCGUCGUCAAUAUACUAUCUUCAUCCUUCUGAAGGUCCCGGUAACUCUUUGACCAAAUAUCUGUUGAAAAGUGAUAAUUUUGAUAUUUGGGAAAAGGCAAUUCGUAAUGCUCUUGGUGGUCGUGGUAAAUCUGUUUUUUUGUCCCCCGGUGGUAUUCCCAAACCUACCGAUGAACAUGAGUUGUCAGCGUGGUCUGCCAAUAAUCAAAUAAUUUGUAGUUGGAUCUUCAAUAGUGUUGACGAAUCCAUCCAGCCUAGUAUUGUGUCUCACUCUGUUGCCUCUGUGCUAUGGGAGGAUUUGAAGAAACGUUAUGGUUGUUCUAAUGGUCCUCGUGUAUAUCAAUUGAAGUCUGAAUUGAACUCCUUGCGCCAAAAGGGACAAACAGUUGUCUCGUACUAUAAUCAGUUCAUCACUUUAUGGAAUCAACUCCAUGGCACGUCUGAUCCCACUAAUGGCUGCAAAUGUGAGGCGGCAGCCCUCACGCGUGCACGUAUAGAACGAGAUAAAACUAUUGAUUUUUUGCUUGGAUUGGAUGAUGAACAGUUUGGUCCCAUUCGGUCCCAAAUUCUUGGCACCGAACCAGUUGUUGAUAUUGAUCGUGCAUAUUUUUUAGUCACUCAGGAAGAGCGUCACCGUCAUAUUGUGCGUGCUCAUGAUGAUCGCACGGAUUCAGUUGCGUUUGUUGCUAAGACGGAUCGGCGUCCUUCCCCGUCUGGAAAACCGUUAUGCUCUCACUGUGGUCGCACCAAUCACAGUGUGGAAACGUGUUUUGAGAUCAUAGGUUUUCCACCACAGUACGGCCGGGGAGGAGGAAAUCGGGGUGGUUCCACCCGCGGUGGUCGUGGCGCUGGUCUACCCGCCGGCAGAGGAGGCCGUGGGUCUGGCGGCAUUCUGGGCAGUAAGCCAGCCCAGUCCGGCAGUGGGUCGGCUGUCGUCCCGGCUGCUGCAGUUCAUGCCGCAUCGGGUGAUGCGAACAGUUCUCUCAGCGAUCAAAUGAGCCGUCUCAUGUCCAUGUUGGAAGCAUCCGCCUCACACACCUAUUCGGGUAAAGUGUUCUCUCCUUGUGAAUGGCUUAUUGAUAGUGGUGCAUCUCAUCACAUGACGGACUUCAAAAUUACAUUGACCACUUCAAGAAUCGAAAAUUUACAAUGAUGCAUUUCAUAUAAUUUCUUGUAUACUAGUAUUUCAUUAUUCUUGACAACCAACUUACUUUGAUGUUAAUAUAUCUCUUGUCAUAAACUCUAAACAUUUAA